UUCCGGCAUCCGGAGGCAGCAAAGGAAGCCGAGGGGCGGCCAUCUUGGGUCCGUGAGGCUCGGAGGUGCUGGGGGCGGCGGUGUCGGUGGCCACUGGGCGGAGGCUGAGGCGGAAAGCGAGCCGGAGGGAGAAGAACAGCCGGGUGCAGGCGCCGCCUCCGCAGCCCCAUCCAUGGUCGGCGCCCGCAGGCCGUGGGGACCUGUCUUGCACUCCACCUCCUCCACAUCCUCCUCUUCUUCAGGGGCCGCCGGCGGCGCUGUGUGGAGGCCCCGGCGCUGAAAUCCGCGGCGCGACGGGCGGGGGCGGAGGAGGAGGCGAGGGGGUCCGGGCCCGCGGGGCGCCCGGAGGCGCGGGGACGCCAGUGGGCCGACCCGCAGCCCGCCGCCGCCGGCCCGGCCCCGCCACCGCCGCCCGCGGGGCUCCUCGGCGCGGCCGCCGGGGCCGGGGGAGCAUGAGCCCCGCGACCCGCCGGGGGACGGCCCGGGCCCGACCCGGGAUCUAGACGGCCGUGGGGGAGGGGAGCCGCCCUGCAGCGGCGCCGCUCCGGAACCGCCGGGCCCUCGACGCCGCUUCUCCGGCCCCCGGGACCGCGCUGAUUUGUUUCACCCUCGCGUUGUGCAGAAGUGAAGUGAAGUAAAAUGUCCACUAGGACCCCGCUGCCGACGGUGAAUGAACGGGACACUGAGAACCACACGUCACAUGGAGACGGGCGGCAAGAAGUUACCUCUCGCACUGGGCGCUCUGGAGCACGAUGUAGAAACUCUGUAGCUUCCUGUGCAGAUGAACAACCUCACAUUGGAAACUACAGACUGUUGAAAACAAUCGGCAAGGGGAAUUUUGCAAAAGUGAAAUUGGCAAGACACAUCCUUACGGGCAGAGAGGUCGCAAUAAAAAUAAUUGACAAAACUCAGUUGAAUCCAACAAGUCUACAAAAGCUCUUCAGAGAAGUAAGAAUAAUGAAGAUUUUAAAUCAUCCAAACAUAGUGAAGUUAUUCGAAGUCAUUGAAACUGACAAAACACUCUACCUAAUCAUGGAGUAUGCCAGUGGAGGUGAAGUGUUUGACUAUUUGGUUGCACAUGGAAGAAUGAAGGAAAAAGAAGCAAGAGCUAAAUUUAGACAGAUAGUGUCUGCAGUCCAGUACUGCCACCAAAAGCGGAUCGUCCACAGAGACCUCAAGGCUGAAAAUCUAUUGUUAGAUGCUGAUAUGAACAUUAAAAUAGCUGACUUUGGUUUUAGCAAUGAAUUUACUGUUGGCAGUAAACUGGAUACGUUUUGUGGCAGUCCUCCGUAUGCAGCCCCAGAGCUCUUCCAGGGCAAGAAAUACGACGGGCCGGAAGUGGACGUGUGGAGCCUCGGCGUCAUUCUUUACACUCUAGUCAGCGGGUCACUCCCCUUUGAUGGACAGAACCUAAAGGAACUGAGAGAGAGAGUAUUAAGAGGGAAAUACAGAAUCCCUUUCUACAUGUCCACAGACUGUGAAAACCUUCUCAAACGUUUCCUGGUGCUAAAUCCAAUAAAACGAGGCACUCUAGAGCAAAUCAUGAAGGACAGGUGGAUCAAUGCAGGGCAUGAGGAAGAUGAACUAAAACCAUUUGUUGAACCAGAACUGGACAUCUCAGACCAGAAAAGAAUAGAUAUUAUGGUGGGAAUGGGAUAUUCACAAGACGAAAUUCAAGAAUCUCUUAGUAAGAUGAAAUAUGAUGAAAUCACAGCUACAUACUUGUUGUUGGGGAGAAAAUCUUCAGAGCUGGAUGCUAGUGAUUCCAGUUCUAGCAGCAAUCUUUCACUUGCUAAGGUUAGGCCAAGCAGUGACCUCAACAACAGUACUGGCCAGUCUCCUCACCACAAAGUCCAGAGAAGUGUUUCUUCAAGCCAGAAGCAGAGGCGGUACAGUGACCACGCUGGACCAGCUAUUCCUUCAGUUGUGGCGUAUCCAAAAAGGAGUCAGACCAGCACUGCAGACGGCGACCUCAGAGAAGAUGGAGUUCCCUCCCGGAAACCAGGCGGCAGUGCUGCUGGAGGAAAGGGAGUUGCUCCAGCCAGUCCCAUGCUUGGGAGUGCAAGUAAUCCCAACAAGGCAGAUAUUCCUGAACGCAAGAAGAGCUCCACCGUCCCUGGUAGUAAUACAGCAUCUGGUGGAAUGACGCGGCGGAAUACUUAUGUUUGCAGUGAAAGAACUACAGCUGAUAGACAUUCAGUAAUUCAUAAUGGCAAAGAAAACAGCACUAUUCCUGACCAGAGAGCUCCAGUUGCUUCAACACACAGUAUUAGCAGCGCCACCACCCCAGAUCGAACCCGCUUCCCAAGAGGCACUGCCAGUCGUAGCACUUUCCACGGCCAGCCCCGGGAGCGGCGCACUGCCACGUAUAACGGCCCGCCUGCUUCACCCAGCCUGUCCCAUGAAGCCACACCAUUGUCGCAGACUCGAAGCCGAGGCUCCACUAAUCUUUUUAGUAAAUUAACUUCCAAACUCACGAGGAGAAACAUGUCAUUCAGGUUUAUCAAAAGGCUUCCAACUGAAUAUGAGAGGAACGGGAGAUAUGAGGGCUCAAGUCGCAACGUAUCUGCUGAGCAAAAGGAGGAAAACAAAGAAGCAAAACCUCGUUCCCUGCGCUUUACCUGGAGCAUGAAAACCACUAGUUCCAUGGAUCCCAAUGACAUGAUGCGGGAAAUCCGCAAAGUGCUGGACGCCAAUAACUGUGACUACGAGCAGAGAGAGCGCUUCUUACUCUUCUGUGUCCACGGCGACGGGCACGCGGAGAGCCUCGUGCAGUGGGAGAUGGAAGUGUGCAAGCUGCCAAGACUGUCUCUGAACGGGGUCCGGUUUAAGCGGAUAUCAGGGACGUCCAUAGCUUUCAAAAAUAUCGCUUCCAAAAUUGCCAAUGAGCUAAAGCUGUAACCCAGUAAUUAUGGUGUAAAUUAAGUAGCAAUUUAAAGUGUUUUCCUGAACACUGAUGGAAAUGUAUAGAAUAAUAUUUAGGCAAUAACGUCUGCAUCUUCUAAAUCAUGAUAUUAAAAUAUAAGGACGAGAGCACGCCUGGGAGCGAAAGCUGGCCUUUUUUCUACGAAUGCACUACAUUAAAGACGUGUGACACGUGUGCCCUCUGUCUUAUUUCCAUUGCCCUGAAAGUCAGCGUGUGACAUCCAUCUCCACGUGCCUCCUGUCUGUGCGGGUGUGAGAGUGGACGGUGUGUGUGUGAAGUAGUGCUACGGAAGCAUCUCCUUACACUGGCAACCAGAGUUGUUACGAGUACCUCUGUGGGAGAUUAUUUGGUGCUAAAACAUUAAAAUUGCCAAGGAGGAAAAUACUGAAUUACUACUAAGAAUUAACUUUAAGACUAGUUGGUAAUUAAUGCAGGUUUACAGUUCAUGCCUGUGGUUUUGUGUUUGUUGUUUCGUGUUUUUUUUUAGUGCAAAAGGUUUAAAUUUAUAGUUGUGAACAUUGCUUGUGUGUGUUUUUCUAAGUAGAUUCACAAGAUAAUUAAAAAUUCACUUUUUCUGAGUAAAA